GUCACUUCCUGUGCCUGAAACAACAUCCUGUGUUUAAUAUACUCUUUAUCUUGGUAUUCAAGAUCACGGCACGUACGUUGCAAGACUACAGCUUACCCCGACCUAUCAUAGGUACUUUCUGACUACAUUUAGUAUCAGUGGCUGUUUAGAAAAGCACUCUCCUUUUUAAAGUACGUGUUUAUUCUGGAGGGUAUCUCAGUGUUUUAGGUGCUGAACUCCGACGGAAACGCAGACGAGGUCACACCAAAAACACUGAACUAAAUCGCGCCCCUGAUUUUCAGCAAGAUGAGGUCGGCAAUUAAGUGAGCAGUGGCUUAAAAAAACUUGCAUGUUGUUCCACUUUUUCGUCACCUAAUACUACAGAAGCAAUCAAGAGUGACGCGUCUCCUCUGCAUGACUGUCGAAAUUUUGAAUCAUGGCUGCCACUCACAUAACUUUCCGUGUUUAUUUGCAGGUUAGUGUUGUCUGGCUGUAUCAAGGUGAGAAGUUAAGGAACAAAACCUUAGCUUGCACCAUGUUUACGCCGUUACAGAGGGUGUUUUUAGCAGCUCUUAUGGCUUUGAUACCGGUUAAAGAAUCAUUCUGCACAACUUGCUCAGGUAGGUAUGUUGCUCAUUUUACUGCGAAGAUCAUGUUUACCGUUUCAUAUCUCCCGACAGGCAUAUCUUUAUCUGCAGUUCAAAAUAUGGUUCAUUUCAUAUAUUUCGAUUCAUGUAAUUUCCACCAAAGGGCAUAUUACGAACUCGCAGGGCUAGUUCUCCAGUUUUCUUGAUUAGCUCAAUGGAUAGAGAAGUGCGUCCCGUCAUCGCAAUGUUUUAAUUCUCGGUCAAGCCCGUACGGAAUUAUUUCAGGUUAGGUUGUUUUUUACAACGACUGAAUUGCUCAGGUAUUGUCUCAGUCCAACCUGAUCUGAUUGAACGAAUGGAAUACAGUACUCCAAAUAGCUCUUGCAGAUUCAGGCAAGGACCAGGGUCAGAGUGUCAGCGUUUUAUACAAAAAUAAACUAGUAAUAGUUGACACUACAGCUGCCCCCGCUCUGUAUACUGUCGGCUCGUUGUGUAGCUCUUUGAAAUAUACCGAUUCAUAGGGAAGAUUUUCACUCAUAUUCCAUACAACAGGUGAGAUAAAUACAGGAAACGCAAGGUUCCAUGCACAGUUUCAGGUCGAUUUACCCAGCUUUGAGCAAAACAUUCUCAGUUUCUAGAAUAGUUUAUUCUAAACCAUAGGAAAAGAUUUAAUAAGAAGUUGAAUUUUUCGCUAUUUCUAAAAAAUUGACUCAUUUCAGGAAAUUUUGCCAUCUAAACGGUUCAUGUAUUAGAAAAAGUAUUACUUUAACGUUUAUGAGUUUCUCGAAGAAUAAAUUCACGCUUUUGUAGCAAACCUCGGUGACAGAUGUUUCUGUUGGUUUCCGUCCGCCAUGUUGGAACUCAUCCGGGUGAGCACCAGCAUGGGGUCUCCACACAAAUCUCUAUAAGUUUGGGUAAAACAUUUCUUCGGAUAUCUCGUAUACGAAAUAUUCCUCUGACCUGAAUCUUGGCGAGGGUCUUUGUAUAUGUACCUCCUUUCAUUUCCCAGAUUCUGGACUUUAUCUAUUGAACGGUUUUGAUUUUUAUUUUGAACUAUUUUGAAUGGCGUGACACUGAAAACCAGCAAUUCACACUCGCGCAUUCUAGUCUUAUUUUAAACUUUAUAGCGGAAGGACACCUGUGAGCAGGGAACAAGUCAGCACAGAAUUUGAUUGUCGGCGAAUUUCUGCAAUCGUCCAUCAUUCUGCUAGUCAGAAGCAAGCCGUUGUUCACUCGUCUUGCUUGUUUGGGGCUAAGUCUUAUUCCGGUCAAAGAGAGAGAAAGAGUGUCUGGCAAGGUUUCCAAUGAAAGAUUUGUGAACUCGUGUCUGGCAAACUCCCCCAGUGUUUAUUGCGUUCGAGAUACGAGAUAGCAACCACUAAUUUGUGUUGGGUGUUCUGUGCAUUAUUGGGUGCCCUGUGCAAUUAAUAAAGAUUGCAUUUGUCGUCGUCGUCGGCACACAUUUGCCUCGCUUUGAGGCGCUUGCUUACGUUUUGCCUCACUUUGACGAACUAACUCACGUGGUGAUUCCUGCGUCCUCAAGCGUUUGCUGAGGUCUUUUAGCGUUCAUCUUUUAAAAGUUUGCUGAAUCUUCGUAAAGCGUACAUAUUUCAAGAGUUUGCUGAAGGUCUACUAUCGAUCUGUGUUUGCUGAAUCUCUCAAAACGUUCAUCUUUCAAAGUUUUGGCGGCCGUUGUGCCACAAAGUAAAUCUACCGAGUUGUGUAGCUCGGUGGCCGUUGUGCCACAAAGUAAAUCUACAGAGUUGUGUAUCUCGGCGGCCGUUGUGCCACAAAGUAAAUGUACCGAGAUGUGAAGCUCGGCGGCGCCGUUUCCUCAUGACUUGUGAUAUUUUCGGAUCAGGACAAACGAACAUUUGAUUUUAGGUUUAUGUUAUUUCUUUGGAAAAACCUAUAAACAGCCCACAGAAGCUCCAUUCAAGUCACUGAAAUCAACAAACUCGACCAAACUACUGCACUUAUUGAGACGGGCCAUACUGGCGAUAUCACUAGCCUUCAAGGCUUUUUCAUAAUGAUACACAAUUUAAAUAAAGGUUUCGCUGUAAGCAAUCCUUACGUUUAAAAUAUGCCAUGAUCAAAUUAAAGCCCGGUUUCCAUAUGAUCGCUACCAUCGCUGUAAUCGCUGCGAUCGCUGAGAAAAAAAAAAUUCAGCGAUCGCAGCGAUCAUUGCGAUCAUAUGAAACCACUUUUGCAGCGAGAACAAUCGCUGAGAUAUAAAAAGUUCUAUCUCAGCGAUCGCCGGAGAGUGGUUUCCAUAUGAUCGCUGAAUUUUUUUUUCUCAGUGAUCGCAGCGAUCACAGCGAUCGUAGCGAUCAUAUGGAAACCGGGCUUAAUCUAUCGCAAUAACCAUCCACCCUUCCUCCUCAACUCCUACCUGUACGCCUUACAAACAUAUGGAACGCAAUCUUCUAAGCUCCGAUUACUCCUAGUAUACACACAGUUAUACGCACCUUAUAACUUCUUCUGCGCUUAACGAGUGUCGAUAAAAUUUUGGUCCAUAACUUUCACUGAAACAACUGCUCCACAGAAUGUCACUGAUAACACGUAACGCAAGAGUGUCGAAGUAUGACUGCACAAUAAAUGUCUAGAAGUUUGCGCUCUUCGGGCUCUAUGUCCAGGACACUGCGGCUACCCUUUUUAAUAACCUUCGAUCCUGAUAAUCUUAAAGAGAAGUGUGACGAAUUUUAAGCCAUUUAGUUCGCGCAUUUCGUAAAUUCUUAAAGAACCAGGCACAGGCCAGCUUAUCUUAAUUGUAGUUUAAGUUUUAUUCAUACGAUCGUUGUAAACACGUUUUGUUUAAAUCGUUUUUUGAUCUAUUAUUUUUUUCAUAGUAUAUUGUUUAUUGUAAAUAUAUGAUACAUAUAUAUAUAUUUUUUAUUUCUAGUUAUAAGUAACAGAUGGCAUGAAGAGCCACAAUGUGGAAACCCUGUUAUUAAAUCGAUUACUUACUUACUUACUUCUUUUUACUUUUAAUAUCUUUUUGUAGUAAACAAGUUAUCUAUAUGAAGAAUUUAACUUCACUAAAACUGUAACAACAACAACAAACUUUAUUAAUAAACAGAUUAUAGUAUAGAAGCAUUUUCCGCAGCUAACAAGGCUAUUCGAGGCGGGACAAUGCGUGCAAAAUAUGAAAUUAAGACUAAGGCUAACUAAGGAAAGUUUCAGGUUACAAAUAGAUGAAAUAAAAAUCGUAAUAUAGAUGAAGACUAGAUAACACGAUAAACAAGAAAGAAUUAAAUAAAUAAAUUGCAAAAAGAAGAAACUACUGGCUAAUAUGCAAGAAUUUAUUUUUCGACAUUUUUGGCUAAUUUUACCUUUUUAAUUAAGGUGGGCGUAUCAAUAUAGUCAUAUUCUGAAUUUAAAUGUCAAAAAGUAAUUUGCGGAGUGUUUUUUGGAAUUUAUUCUUCGGAAGAUGUCGGAUGUGACAGGUUAUUUCAUUCCACAGCUUUGCACCAAAGCGAAAUAAAGACAGUUUAUAUGAUUCUAGAUCGGAACUGGGAACAUAAAAAUUUCCUAAAGCCGAUGCUCUUGCAUUGGUAAGAGUGGCAAGUACUUGUUUUUUUCUUUAAAUAGAUUUAGAAUGCCAGAAGCUACCUCAUUGUUAUGGACAUCAUGCAUAAAAUUAGAUAUAGUCUGAUAAUAUAAAAAAUUCAAGGGUAAAACGUUGGCGUCAAUGAAGUGAAGUAUUGUGUGUUCGCGUCUGUCCGAGAAGUCUAUUAUCCCAAGAGCUCUUUUUUGUAGCAAUAGGGUUUUCUCGUUCCUAUUUAUAUUCACGACUAAAAGACGGGAAUGGGUGUGCAGCUCGAACUAUGGAGCCUGAGUGUUUAAUGCCGUCCAAAUAACAUACAAAGUUCAACAUCAUAACUAAAGAAUGGUAUACAAAUAUUCCUAAAUAAAGUCACUCAGGCUAAACUAUUUACAUGCGCCGCCUGAUACGAAAACCCAAAAACCUAAUGGGAAAAAAUUGGGAACGUAUUCCCCAACCGAUGCGGCCGCACAACCUCUGGGGGUUAAAGGUAAAAAAUCAAUAGAUAGAUGAAUAAAGUAAGAUAUAAAAAUAAAAGUUGAUGGUUCGAGAGCUGAGAUGAAUACAUGAAAACUGUCAAAACCUUAUAUACCUAAUAACAAUAGAGUCAAUUAACGCCAUAGCGGCUCACAUGCGUUCAUACCAAUAGGAAAGUAUUUACAUUCUCUGUCACUGCCACUACGUUUAGCUCCGCCGAAUGUAAAUACAUAGAUGUGUCUUUGCUGCUUGGCCUUAAGCAGCAAGUCGAUAUAUAAUAUACGGGUAUAUAAGUGAUUUAUAAAUUUUAAGAAGAAUUUGCCGGGGUACAAAAUGACGCAAUUUCGCAAGUAAGCCAACCGUUUUGAUGAUUAUCAAUAUGAUGUUUCCAGGUAAUAGAUAAGGUUUUUAUUAAACAAAAUCCCAAGAUAUUUAAUAUUUUUCUUGGAUUCAAGAGUAGCAUAUUCAAUUUUCCCGUCAUCAAAUAAACAUAUUUUAGGCUGAUAAUUAGGCUUUUUUCGUUUAGGAUGAAAGAUGACAGAAUUGCAUUUACUCAAAAAUAUUAAGAGUCAGCUUAUUAGAUGUUAACCAGUCGUAGAGUUUGCCCAAUUCAGUAUUGACAACCGUUUUAAGAACUUUCAAUUUUUUUCAGCAAAAAUUAUAUUGGUAUCGUCAGCGAAGAGAUAGAAUUUAAGUUUAGUAGAACACUGGUGGAAAUCAUUAACAUACAGAAAAAAGAGAAGAGGGCCUAAAACGGAAACUUGAGGAACUCCAAAGCUGAUUGUGGCUUUAUUUGAUCUGUGUCGCGUUCCCAAGGGUGGAGUUCGCAGUGUUGAACCUGACUCUCCACGAUUGAUUAAGGUUCGUUUAUUGUAAAAUCGUAGAAGCAUAUGGUGAGAGGUUAUUGUUCCUCCAAUCGUAGAAAAGAAAAGAACGACAAAAUAGCAAAAAUUGAAAUGAAAUAACUCCGUAAAAAAACUGUAUUCUCCGAUGAGAUCUUGUAAAACUCUGAGGCUAGUCAACUGUGAUAAUAAUGAUAAAUGUCAAAACUGGUCAAAAAUUAGCGAAUUAAACAAAAAUACAACGAGCGUAACGCAAUGUAUAAAUUCACAACUUAUGUGAUCAGCAAUUUGAGUGGUUAGGGUGCGGUUUUUGGUUGACUAAUCUACGAAAGCCGUAGAAGUUGAGUUUAUCCGAAGUAGAAUAUUGUGAUCAAUGGUGUUAAAAGCUUUAUUAAGGUUAAUAAACACUCCACAAGAGUGUAGACCUUGAUUCAUAUUGGCCUGGAUUGCAUUAACGAUGUCUUAUAUAGCAUGUUGAGUAGAAUGUCCUUUGCGAAAGCCACACUGGGAAGAGAAAGUUCAAUUGUGUUUCUCAAUGUAUUUCAUCAUUCUAGUAUAAAUAAGCCUUUUAAAUAUUCUGUUGAAGUUUGACAGUAAAGACAUAGGUCUAUAAUUAUUUGGGUCCUUCUCGUGAUCAGAUUUAAAAACAGGCACAUUUUUGGACAAUUUCAAUUUUGUAGGGUAUCUCCCUAGGCUGAUAGAAAUAAUAAAUAGUUCCGAAAGAACAAGGGCUAUGAUGCCAAUUCAGCAUUUUAGUAGCUUUGUCGGAGAGGAGUAUAAACCGUGUGAUUUUUUACAAGGCAGAGAUAAUAUAUUAGUCUUUGGAUAAUCAUAUGUUAUUGGUUGAAAAAACGAAGAUGGUAUUGGAGACAUAGUUUUGUUAACAAAGUCGAGAUAAUGGUAGUCUUUACACUAGAGCCUAAAUAAGCUAAGAAAUAUUUCAAGACAAGUAAAUUUUAAAUUCUUCAAGUAAAAGAAAGCUUCACACACAACCUAUCUUUUUUACUUCAGGUUUACUUAAGCCUAUUUUGCCACACAACAUAAUUAAGAUUGAUUGACAUGCUUCGCCUUUCUCAAAGCUUAGAGACCGCAAGUUCGCUAAGUCGGUUUUAAGGAUGGUUUUCAAGUCACUUGAAACUUUCUUGAAUCGUUUCAACUUUCCGACUUUAAUGAGAUGCAAAGUAAAGUUACUUGAGAUUUUACUUAGGCCUUCACACGUAUUUUUUGGUUAAGUAAAACUUAGCAGCUCUUAAGUCUUACUUAACAGCCUAGUGUAAAGACAACCAAUGUUGUUGGGAAGAAGGAAUCUCACUUACGCGUUUACUCCCAUCAGACGCAAAAUGUUCAUCGGCAAUAUUAGGAAUAUGUGAAAAAUCCUUGACUAGUUUAUUCUUACAGAUAGGGUCCUUAAUAGCAAUAACAGUGUUGAGCUUUUUCUUACGGCGAAACGAUACCUCAUUAAUACCUGUCCACGUUUUUUUAUUAUUUGACAUGUUGGCUUCAAAGUAAUCACUGUAAUACUUCUUGCUGAUACGUAUUAGACUUGAAAUUUUAUAUUGUCAUUAGAGGUUGUGAUUUUUGUCUCAUAGACUCUAACAAACGUUAAAAUGAAAGUCACGGUCAUCUAAGAAAGUUAAAAGAUUCUCGAAUUUACAGUUUAAACUAACAAUGUUGUUGUCAAAAGGGAAAAACUUUGAACUUCAUUCUUUGAAAACUUGUCAAAUGAUUUCUUGAAGCUAUGUGGUGUGAAAUACAGAGAAUAAAUCUGUUGAUUAGGAAGGCUGUGGUAGACAUUGAGAUCUGUGUUGAAGUCAGAAUUUAAUUUGAAUAGAUUGAAUUAAAUUGUGUAGGCUAGAUAACUUACCUAAUAGUAAAUUUCUCCUAGAUAGUGAGGAGCAAGCAACUGAGUUGUUAGACGGCCAAGAUGCAAAGCUAAAUUGCCAGUAUAAUUAUAAUAGGGUAGCUCGUUAAGUACAGUUUUACCGUAUUUCUCUAUUGAUUUAUUUCUUGGUGCCUUCAUUUAGUAAAAGUAUAAUGAGAUUAAAUAUAAACUCAGCUUUUUAUUAAUCUUCAUUACUGAUUUCUUGCAAAUCCAUGAUAGAUUUCAAUGUUACAACCACUGAACUUCUCGGAUUUUCUGAGGUAGACAACUCCAUUUUUUGCCUGGCAGAAUUUAAAAGUAUUGUCUCUUUUAAACCUGUUACUCUCGUAGAGUAGUUCCUGGAGUUAAAUGGUUUAAACACAAAGUGAGUGACGUCCACGCUACCUGGAAAAUCCAGUUCUGCUGCCGCUAUGCUCGACGCUUCAUUUCUUUUAGCUAUGACCUUUUCUUUGGCAAUCUUUCGAACGAAUUUACAUACCACAACAUUCGGUCUGUUAGAAGCAGUGCGAAAAGGAACCCGAUAUCAUUUACAUUGACAUUCUCGACCCCCACGACAGAAAAAAGUUUCAGACAGAGAUGUGUUGUUUGCUCGGAGGUUUCGUUCUCUGCUACGGUCGGCAAUCCAACGAUUUUAACGUUGUAUUGUUAACUAUGAUCUUCAAAGGCGUUAAGAGGUUUCGUAAUGCGUUCGCACUUUAUGGACAUCUUAUUAACUCUCUUUGUCAGCUGCUGGAUUUGUUUAGUGACAGCAGUUUAAGAAGAAGUAAAGUCGUCCAACUGAUCAGAUAUUCUACAAAAUGUUCUUUGCCUGGUGACAUUUCCUUCGUCUUCUUCUGCCCUGCGCUUGCGACAUGUCGUCAGUGAUUUUCUUCAAUUGAUUCUGUAGAUCUUGAAUUUCUUUUCGUAACACUUGGUUUUCCUUCCUUAGUUUCCUUAGUUUUUCCGGCUAGCUUUCAUUUUAAAAGACAAUGUAAAUUUUGUUUUUAACCUUUCGAAUCAUCAUAAUCUUUAUCAUCACCAUCACCAUCGCCAUCACCAUCAUCAACACCAGCAGCACCAUCUUCAACAACAUCACCAUCAUCAGCAGCUUCAGCUUCAGCAUCAGCAUCAUCAGCAGCAGCUUCAGCAUCAGAAUCAUCAUCAACAUCAGCAUCAGAACCAUCAUCAACAUUAACAUCAGCAGCAUCAGUAUCAGCUUCAGCACUGGCAUCAUCAACAACAUCAUCAGCAUCAGAACCAUCACCAUGAUCAUCAUUAUCAUCAACAUCAACAACAUCAUCGUCAUCAGCUUCAGAACCAUCAUCAUGAUCAUCAUUUUCAUUAACAUCAACAUCAUUAUCAGCAGUAGAAGCAUCAGUUUCAUCAUCAUCAUUAUCAUCAUUAACAUCGUCAUCAACACCAUCUUUAUUAUUAUAUGAGAAGUUCGCACAGAGCUCGAUCUAUUCUUAGGAAGAAACUACUCGGGCCACAAAUGUAAUAAUUUACCGGCAAAAAUGCAGUAAAGCCUUCAAAUGCAAUGAAAACCGUACUUACCUAAAAUCAUGUCGCCCUCGAACAAGCGUCGCCCUCGCCGCACAAGAAAGUCGAAAGUGCCUCGUAGCCGCAUUUCCCAGUAACAUUUGGGUACUUAAUAAGAAAGGGAAAUUAAUACACCUCUCUUUUCCAGGUCAUUGAAGUGUAUCAGAAAGUCCUUGUUGAAAAUAAUGACCUUAAAAGAAAGAUGGGCGUGUCUUCUAAACAUGAAAAUCUCUCUCAUAAGUCAUUUUUUAGAGACUUUAAUUCUAUUUUCCAUAUCUUUGGUGCUCAGUUUAAAAACGACUUGUCUGAUUUCCUUUAAAUAAAAACAUUUUUAUAACCCACUUGACAUCGACAAGUUAUCAACUUACAUAAGAGUAAAUUGAUAAGUAGCUAGAGUGCGUAAUGGAGACGUGUGAAAUUAGGGUAUAUUUUCACAAGUGUGGCAUUUGAUUACCUAUUAAUAUCAUGGGUGAUGAAUUACGUUCGCAAUCGUGAAAUUUUGUCAUGUUAAUCCUGAUUUAUCGUGUGGAUCAAGAAAUCCACACACUCAAAAGUUCACAGUUCAAAUUUGGCUUAAGUUCAGAAUUUUCAGACUUUUUCGAAAAAAUACCUGUUAGAAUAUCCUUUAAUGUGCUCUUUCGUGUGUUUAGGUUUUCUAAAGCGUCUUAAAAUGCCCUGGCAUCUUCAUUGAUUUUAUAACAGUUUAAAACUUUGUCGCCAUCUUGGCACUGAGGCGUACGGAAGGUUGCCAUGGCAAUUUUGUUAUUUUACAUGUGAAAUUAUAAUACUAAUUAACGCUGAAUUUUCGCGCCAAAAUUAAGAAGUAAUUUAUCGCCCAUGAUAUUAUGAAUAGAAACAAGUACAAAUUUCUUCUUUAAGUUUAUUCUUCCAAGAGAUAUGCAUUGCUGCUUGCCAUUUGCCUUGUAUUACUAGCUUGUCGUUAUGAAAAAUACACCGGCCUGUGAGAACCCCUGUUCAUUGCCUAAGAAAUGUGGCGCAAAAACCUAUCUGAUGUGUCGACCCGUUUUAAAGAACAACGCAGUGUAGCCGAAAUCCCCGUUUUUAUGUGUAAACAAAAGCUCCAUCUUUAUUCGAUAUGGAUUCUGACUUCACUAACAAGAGACAUACAAAGUGAAAAGUUUAUUUAGCCAUCCGAUACCAUUGGGUGUAUCCAAGUUAAGUUACACCAAUGCCAUAGCUGUAGCAAAACACUAUCAUAUGUUCUAAGCUAGAACAUGUGACACGCCAGAUACGAAAGAACCACUAAAAACCACCCUUGAGAGGUGGUCAGAAAAUCUGUGAAAACGUAUUCCUCUACUAAUGCAGUGGUACGGAACCCCGGGGAAAGGGCUGAAGCCAAAACAUAGAAGGCGAAAUACUUUAUUACAAUAUAGGCCAGUCCAAAAAGAACUAAUUCCAAAGGAGCGCAGGAUCAAAUGCCUAAAUGCCUAAACCAGUACCCAAACACAGUUAUUCCGAAUUCGAAAGAAUAUGAGAUCCACUGGAAAAUAAACUUUACUAAACUAGCAGUAACCGUCGGUUAGGAAGUGCUGGCGAACAUGUGGGUUUACCUUGGAGAUACGAUUGAUGAAAACCCGGCUUUCAUAUCAGAGAAGGCCCUUCUAGUUCCAGUCAACAAAAGGAACCUCGCCAGAUGGUGAAAGUGGAAAAUGGAUUGAACAACACAGUAAACGCGAGUCAUAUUUAUUUAAUUCAACGAUUUUAUUCACAGUUGCUUGGACACAAUAAUCAGCCUGUGAAUGGCGAGAAGCGAGGAGAGAAUACAAACACCAGCGCACUUCUUAACCGUGCCGUCAGAAUAUUAGUUUCUUACUAAUUCGUUCCCAUGUCUCUCAAACGUCAGAUAUUAACUUUCUUGAGUCGGCAUAUCAGCUAUCUUGAUUAGUGCAGCAAAGGGUUAAGGGAGUGGAUUCAUUUUUAGCCUGAUUGGCGUUUAGCCGUUGCAUUGUUCAUUGGAAGUUUUUGUUGUUGUUGUUGUUGUUGUUUUUUUUCAACGUCAAGUAUCAAUAGGCCAUUUCAUGGUUCGUAAAACUAUCAGUUUCAAAGUGAAGUUGUGAGAGCAAAAACUUUCUUGUGAAAACUGAUAAUAUUUAUCAGCAUGAGAGGGCGAAUGCGACGACUGCUAUACGAGUUUGUUGCGAAUGAAUUCAAACUAAAACAGUUCUCACCCUCACUGCCGUUGCAGCUAGCGCCACGUUUACAAUACCAGGCCGGUUACUUGAGGAAAUUGUCUUUUUUCAGUUCCUGAAAUCCGUGUGAAGCCACAUAGCAAUGGUUCUUUUUAUGCUAGCGAAAAGACAGAUGUAAAGUUUUCCUGUAACAUCAGACGAAAAGGUCGAGAAGUGUACCAAGUGCACUGGGAGAAGGACAAUAAAACACUCCGAGCAGCCGACCAUAAACGAGUGACUAUCGUGCAGCGAUGGUUAAAGAUAAAGAAUGUCAAGAGAGGCGACGCUGGUCUUUACUCGUGUAUUGUUCUGAACAAGUGUGGAGGGAGGAACGUUGUUCACAUUCGCCUGUAUAUCCGAGAAUGUAAGUAAGUAUGUUGUGUACCUCAAAACCCUAUUCAAACCGUUGGUGGGGGGGAGCGCUUUAGAGGACACCCUCGCUUAAAUUUGAAUAACUUCAAAACCGUUCAAGUUAUGACCGCCAAACUCAGUGAGUUUUCGUCAAAUUUAUCUGAGAACAUUUUAAAGUCGUCGUGACGUAUACGUCAAAAUUGAUGUUAACCUAGCAACCGAAUUUUGACAGCCUAUUUUUCAAAAUCUGCUUUUCUCUUUAAAAAAUAUAUAUACACAUAUCAAAUUUUCUGUCAGGAUAACCUCUAUUUUUGCGGAUUUUGAGGAAAGUUCCAGUUAUUUCUUUUAUUACAAAUAUCGGCAUCAUGAUAUUUUUGCUAAUAAUGUGUUAGCUAACUUCUUACUUUUAUCAGCCACCUUAUCAUGAAGUAUUUUUCCUCUUGGUGGGGUGGGGAAUGACAGGGUAUUCUUGUUGUUCUCAUUAUUCAGUCCAGGUUAUCAGGGCAUAUUUAUGUCAAUCAGGUGAGCCAGCUUACUUUACAGUGUGACUACUAUAAACCGGGCACUUAGACUUAGUUGACCAAAUGGAUUACAGAAAAAUGGCAAUACAUUUCAAGAAUGUUGGUUGUGGGCCAAUUAGCAGUUCGUAAAAAACAAUAAGUUACUCGAAGAAAUAUUCAUAGCAAACGUUUUUCAAGAAAGCAAACUGUUUUCCCCAGACAAUGUUUUUCUAUUCGUAAAUUUACUAUUUUAGGGGGGACUGGUUAAAAUUUGGGGGAAAUGAUGUUGAUUUGGAAAGGAAAUAUAUGAGGGUAGAAUAGGCAUACACAUAAACCAGUUAGUCCGCUAAUGGGAUCAGAGGCAACUUGUUGAGGUGGCGGACUAUCUGGUAAUUGUCUGCUACUAAUUAUUUACUUCAUAUUUCAAUUUUUAACAACCCCCAAAUCCAAUAUCUUCCCUUUUUCUCGAAAUUUCAAACAUUCCCCCCGCCCCCUCCUCUAAAUUUUAGACAUUAGAAACAUUCGAAAAAUCAUCCAAAUAUUCACAAAUAAUUAUUGAACUAAGGACUGUAACUUAAUUGAGUUACUUUUUGAUCGAAUUAAAUCUUGGCUAGAUAUUUAAUGUUAAGAGAAAGGGUAGAAAUCAACCAAAAAUAACGCUUUUAACCAGACUGCGCCCCCCCCCAGCACUUAGAAGACAUUACUUGUUUGACACAAGCUGUUAUUUAGUGAUCUACCAGCAAUUUCUUCCCUACCAUUGCCGCGCUUUAAAAUAACAUGCGACGUCAAGCCAAAAUUAUUAGUAACGUUUACGCUUUUCGCCUCCCUCAUCACUCUAACGGACCUCUCAGGAGACACCGGCUUUGUUCAGCGCGUUCAAAAGUUCUUCUUGUCUGUAGGUUGUGACUGGUUGAUUUCGAUCCAUGUUGUUUAUUUCGUUUCCUGGUAAUUAUGGCUGACAACUAACUUUCUCGGAAUGUAUUGUUAUUUUCCUGUAAUCCAAUUGGCCAACUUUGUCUAAGUGGCCCCGGUUAGAGUAGUCGCAGGUCGCUUUCCAUUCAACAAAAAUUCGGUUUGAAAUUUCGGAAAUUCCGCUUGCCCGAUGGAACGGUACAUUCCGGUCGCAAAGACCCGAACCAAGCCACCGAGCGUUUGGUUAUUGUUCUUGUCAACAGGAUGCCACAGAGCGGUACAGGGGACAACAAUUUUGUCAAAUGGAAAGGGACAUUUCGGUCCGACCGACCGAAAUGACCAGAAAGGUCAAAGAGGUUCACCUUCAAAGCUGGUCCCCAAUAUUCCGGUCGAACCAAACCGAAAUGUCCGGAAAUUUGGGUUGAAUGGAAAGCCCCCGCACUGUAAGUUUUGGCUUAACUUAUGCCUCAUUGGCAUAUACUUUUUGUGACUCACUGUUGGGAAGGCAUGAUGAAUACCGAUAAACCUUAAAUGAAAUAUGACAUUUGAACUCGUAUAUGCCACACUGUUGGCAAAGACGAGGCAAAGCCUACGAUCUCCCCUCUUCCCCGCAGCCAUAUAUACAGGUGGGAAUCUAUUAGCUCUCAGACGCAAGCAACUCUCGGUAUUUUUGGUACGUUGUAAUUUGUCCAACAAAAUGUUGGAGUUGUUGUUGUUGUAAUUAAAAUACAGACGAGAUCUUGCGUUUCCCGCUGCUUUCCUCGGUUCUUGUAUUGUGAUGGCAGUUUUGUUAGUCGCUUUUGACUCUUUGAAAUUGUUUUAAAGUUUCUGACUAUGAUUAUUCUUUUUUGUUUGAUUGUUGUUGUUGUUUAAAGUGCUGCCUACACCUACAGUGAACAGGAAUUUAACAUCAGGUAAGAAUAGCAACGAGUAGGGCACUUCCUUAUAGCUUAACAAGCAGGCAAUGGUUUUUCUUUUAACACAAACACCAUUCGCUUUCUUCUUAUAGCGGCCCCGAGGUUUAUUGUGUCAAAACGCAAGCUACAAAAAACACUGUUAGCCCUACCGGUCGGUAACUCAGUAAAACUUGACUGUUCCGCGAAAGGAUAUCCUCACCCCACGAUAGCAUGGUACAAGAACAGAAAACCCUUUAACGAGAGAAGAGGACGUUUGCCAUACUUGGAUGGAAAGUAUGUGUUGCGUUUAAAAGACGUGGUACCGUCAGAUACUGGAAGAUACACCUGUAACGUCAGUAACCAUCUUGGAUGGAUCAACCAUUCAUACUAUGUUGACGUGCAUGGUAAGGUGUUGCUUUGACUCACAUGAUCUACAGCCACAACCCCCCUUAUCAAGAGCUUCAUUGCUUGGGGAGGGAGAGGUAGGGGAGGCGAGAGAGGAAAGGGCGGGAGUUGGGAGUUCUAUAAGUGUGGGAAGCAGGAGAAAUAGGGAGGAACUAUGCAGUAAUGCUUUAUAUUUUUUAAUCGAAAAAAACGGCUAAAGGGAGGAAGCCAAAAAGGCGGUUGGAGCCGGGAAUGCAAGGUACGAGAGAAGGAGCAUUUGACAUGACUCCCCUGCCCACAGGAGAGGGCAGGAGAGUCAUACUCUAGCAGUUAUGGUAGAAGGAGAUGAAAGUAGCCAGCCAAGGAUGGCUAACUAGCAGGCCGUUUUGGCCGGCUACCGGCCCUUAUUAACAGCCCUGUGUAUGCUAGCGACCUCAACACUAAUAUAUAGAUUUAGCCAGGGAUAAAAGAGAAGCUCUCGAUAAUUUUAUAUUUUGCUCAAACAAAAUAUCAGGGUCGUAACAUGGUAUAUCCGGGACCCAUUGAUCCCUAUUUUCUUGCCGUUAUUUUGAUCCCUGAGCCCUGAUAAAAGAAUUGAUCCCAUCCAUGUUUUUACACAAAAUUUUAAGUUAAGCAACUUUGUUUAUCCCCAAAUGUAGAAUAUAGAACAUGCUCAAAUGGGCUGAUGAGAAAAACAUUAACUUUAAUUUUUAGUGCAAGUUGUAGGUUCUAUCAGAGCUUUGUAUUCUGCUAUCCCUGUUGAUCUUGUAGUCUUAUUUGAAUUUCCUCUUUCACUCUGUGUGUGUUACAGUGAGGAUCACAAUCAAUUACCAAUAGCAAAAUACCUGCUUUACAUGAAGUAGAAACUUAAAUGACGCAAGCCACUCGUUCUACAGUUUAACAGCUUUUCUGUGUCAAGCCCAUUAAUGGCUUUUCCUGGCUUAAUAACCAUUGUAAAUAGUCAGAGGACAUAUCUGGUUGUAGGUCUUCCAGACCUAGCUCCUUCCAGCUUCAAAUCUAAUAGGCUCUGAAAAGUUGUCCACCUGAGCUUGUUCCCCUUCCCCUUCGUCACCACCUGACGCAGGUGAAUCAUCUGAUUCAACUGACCCCUGGAGCAAUGCAACUAGGCGUUACUCUUCAAGGCAGCUCAAACAGAAGUUGUUUCCUUCUUUUAUUAUUUGAACUUUCCCGAUGUAACACUUAGGUGAAUUUCUAUCAUCACGGUACCCAGUCUGGUAUACAAGGGGAUCUUCUUGUAACUGUUCCAGCCAUCUCAAACCCAUGUGAUCUUCCAGGAAUGCGUCACCCUGCGUUAUGGUGGAAAUCUUUUAAAAGGACUGCAAGGAAGAAAGGAUGAUAUACCUCUUGUAAUUGUGCUUGAGAGCAACUGCGUCGCCUUUUGAACAGAUAAUCUCAAAUUCUUCGGCUGCGUCUUGAACUGUAGUUUGUCCUUCACUCCCUUGAACCUCUUUCAGCAGAUCGACUUCUUCAUAUGCCGACGCAUUCCUUCUGAACAUACUCAGAGCAAGUGGAAGUGUACCAGCUCUUUCUUUGCUCUUCCCUCUCGUUCGUUGCUGUCGUACAUCCCGUCCGAAUUCUUUCGCAAAGCUCUGCAAUGCCUUCCUUUAUCGCUCCUUUCCCCUCCGCGCUCGUUUCCUCGUCCAUAUCUUCCUUAAGGUUUACUCUUGCCGUGCGACUUUCAAAGCCAUUCCGGUGCCUUUGGACCCAGCUUUCUCUGUGUGUAAUGGCUUUGAGGACCGGUAUAAAAGAUAAACGAGGAUUGGUAGAGUCUCUAUUGAUUCUAAAAAGCAGCUGGGCCGCCGGAAUGCGUAGUCGUUCGGAGCGGGUGUUCUCACUCCACUAAGAAAUUCAGGCUUUAAAUCUAACGUGAUGAUACCUUUCGGGGCCAACCAUUACAUAAGCCCAGGCCGAAAAGCCCAAAGGGCCGAAAAAAUUCUUGUAGAUCAAUAUUGUCACUAAAGUCUGUAAAUUUUGUGCAAAACAAAACAGCCACUGCACGAAUGAGGUCUGAAAAAAUCUUGCAAGAAAAAAAUAACCCAUCCCCAGCUCAAAAAUCAAAUAGUGGGCCCCUUACUGGUGCCCUUCAUGCUGAGUGCUAUAAGUAAUUAUUUUAAAUGAAAAUAUGUUAAAUUCCUGCAGACUCUGCUACUUGUACCUAGAAUGCAAUAUUCCUUUCACCAAUUCAACCGUUUAUUUUAUAAAAAAAACUAAAGAAAAUAAACUAUAAAGGUUUUUGUUACUUUUAUUUCACCGAGGUAAGUCUUUGGUGUUCGACUUAUUUUCACUAAUUCUACACUGUAAUUUAAGACUAUUUAUCAUACAAGCGUUUAUCAACAGUAAUGGAAUGUGUCCUUUACUUUCCCGGCCCAAUACUAGUACUGGUAGGUGAACCGAUCUCGGUUUCUCAUCAGAGUUCGAGAUAACCUUAAAACUCCAUGCAAUUAGAGCAGACUUUAUUAAAUUGCGAGAAAGCAUUUAUUUUGCAACAAAGCGCACGAAUUCAUUGUACUUUCGUAUUCUACUUUUGACGUCCAUUCUAAUUAUUUAAGUACUGUAAGAGUUAAGUUACUGGUCAAGAAAUACGAACCUCGAUUUAUAGUCGCCUUCUGACUUGCUUGAGGCGAUAAGGCAAUCGGGACCUAUACAGUAAAUUCCGCUUUCAAUGAAUCGGUUUGUCUGUUGUCCUGGCGGUGUUAUGUUUGAUCGGCCGAAACUCGAGGCUAGGACCCUUGCCAGGAGUAAUUCAAGGAAGUACUUACAUACCUUACGCUGUCACAGGAUUUCUUUUUGUCCUUUUUCUUCUUCCCCAUUUCUCGCAAAAAAGAUGUAUAAAUCGCUUUCAGUGCGCUUUCUCUGCCUUCUGGCGUUGACAGCGCGUUCAGGAGUUGCGUUACAAAGGGAAAAAAUUGACUUGAGAUUCAUAUUACGGUGCCCUCAACAAUUAAUAAAUUAAGAAUAUGAUACAAUGUUUUCGUCAAACAGCCAGGACUUCGUAUGACAGGAACUGCCGCCAGCUGGAAGCAAGAAUAGGUAAUGUACCUCGGCCAGGAAAUUAUAUGGACACAAACCUUAUUAAGCGGAAAAAUUUUGAGAUAAGAGAUUUUUAGACCGUGUAAUAAAUCUGAUCCAUGAUUAGGGCUCAAAAGCCUUGUGAUCCCUGAUCCCAUUCUUCUGAGCCCUGAGCCCUGAUCCCGGUCAUAUUUUGGGCUUUGAGCCCUGAGUCCAUAUACCAUGUUACGACCCUGAAAUAUAAAAUCGUGUAAUGCUAAGCGGCGAAGGCAACGCCGGAGAACGGUGAAAAACAACAAUAUGUCUAAUUAGCAAAAAAGCAACUUUGCUCGUGCAGCACGCUUUUUUUGUACAUUUCUUUGCCGUUGUUUUGCACGACUACAACGUUAAACUUCCCGGCAGAAACUUCUUAGUUACACGUUUUAUGGAGAAAAUGUCAUACUUUUUCUCGUUCUCUUUUAUAAUAAAGUUCUUACUUACUUACUUACUUACUUACUUACUUACUUAAAAACAAUCUAAAAUCAACACUUCAAAGCUGAAGAAAUUCGAUUUUGUGAAAAAAGUGCUUUUGUCUGCAAAAUGACUUCACUUUUACAUGAUUGUGUAACUCAGAUUCACAAACAUUUACAGUCCAUGGCGAAUUGGAAGAAAAAAAAUGGCCGUUUCAUUUUGGACACUCCUUCAGUCGAGUCUGUUGUGCAUAUAUAUGCAUAAAGUCCUUCAGCUUGUCAUUACUUCAACGAUACUCUCAUAGUAUGACCAUCUUUUUUUCUCUUUCGUACACAUAGAACGAGUCCGUGCCAAGCCAGUUGUCAUUCCGAUGAUAAACGCAACUGCUUUCGUUGGAGAAAGCGCCACGUUGCUAUGCAGGGCAUAUAGUGCUGCCAUGCCUCAUUUCCAGUGGUUACGAUGGUUUCCAAUGCAUUUCAACAGCUCUGGUAACAGCACUGAAGGCAGCAAAUUGCAGUAUGAAGUCAUAAAACAGAACCAGCAAGCUCCCAUUAAUUGGCUUAGCACUAGCAAUAGCAGGCACGCUUUCCAUGAAGUCACUUUGACUUUGGAUAACGUUACAAAGAAAAGUGAAGGAAAAUACACUUGCCUUGUGAGAAACUCACUUGGUUAUGCUCUGCGGAACGCUUACAUAAUAGUUCACGAAAAGAUUGGUAAGUGGUUGCCCAUAAUCGUAAUUAUAAAAAAAAAAGCGGUCAAACAAGCGAAACUUAAUCUAUCUAAUCCUUCCCCAGCAGCAAUUCAACGCCCGACGGACCUAGCUCGGUCGAAUGAAUUUAGUAAUGAAUUCUUACUAUAGCUCUUUUAAAGAACGCUCUAACUAUGUGCUAUUUUCUUCUCAGUGUACAUUCAGACGGCCCAGGAGCCUACGAUGGGCUCCUAUACGGCCUGAGUUUCGAGAUACUCUCUUGGCAAAGCAAGGCGUAAAGCAUAAUCAUUAAAAUUUUGAAAAUGAGUAUUAAAAUUUACUUGUGAACAGACAGAUAUUUUCAUAGAGAGUAAGACAGAAUUUUCACACUCAUCAAUGACACCCUUUUACCAUGGUUACGAGAUAGCCGUUAUUGGUGACAUGAGGUCUAGCCACAGAGCUAUUUUUCAGCAAAAAGUGAAUUUUUCGUACUUUUCUGCACAAAAAUUGCAUUGAAAACAGAAGCAAAAUCACUGAGAUUAAGUUAUUUAUCUUACAUCUAGUAAACCAUAUAUAGUCAUCAGUUAGCCUGGGAAAACAGGUUUGCUCGCGAAAUUACGUCGGAGAAACGAGCACAGAAAUUCCACACUUGUGACGUAUCACUACCUAUACAGAUCUGUGUAGUGGAGCUUCUGAUUAGUUGAAGAAAAUUUUCCCCGCGCAUGACCAGUCAAAAGCAACACCCAAUUCUGGCUAAUGAUGCGUCAUCAGUAUGGAAUUUCUACAGAUAUUUCUGUUCCUCAGACGGCAUUUCUCAAGUACACAAACGGUGGCGUCGCGAAGUUAGUGGAGUGAUUUCGGUUUAUGGAGAAAAUGUACUACCACUACUCAUGACUUACAGGUUUUCUAGCAGCUCUUCUUCCGACAACGUUUGUUUGAAAGAGCUGUAGCCAACGAAGAAAUACUUCUACGUCAGAGUGCAAAUUUAUGAAACCCAACACAAGGGUGGAUUUCCACUGUCGCGAACAUUUCUACGUGCGUAUGCGCGUAAAUAAAAUAGAGGCAAUGUAUGAAAGGUCACUCAACUUUUACAUUUAAGCGCGACCUUUAAUACAUUGCCUCUAUUUUAUUUACGCUGGUAAAAAUUACGCGGCAGUGGAAAUUUACCUUUAUCGUCUAACGUCAUAGUCUUUGGGUAAUGUUGCCCGUUCAGAAGUUAGGGAUUUUUAUUGUUUGAUGAGAGCAAGAGCGCUGUUGGAGGAACAGAUCCAGUUUUCUAGCAGUAACAUGAACCUCUAAGGUUCUGAACCUUAAAGGUCCUCUUAAUAGGGAAGUUCCAUUGUAAUCUACCCAACUGUCGUUAGUCUACACCAAAUUAAUUAGUUGAGGAUCUUUUUCAAUAUCCCAACAUCUCUCCCUUCUUUUGUAUCGGUAUAGUUUGCAAUGAUGAUAAUAAUAAUAACAAUAAUUCAAUAAUAAUAAUAAUAAUUCUAUUGAUAACAAUGCUAACUAUUAAAAUCUUAUUUACAGUUAAUUCACUUAAAAAAACUAUUUCGUCGAAAGACUAUUUACAGUCAAUCCUUUCGUCAAAAAACACUUAGUUUUGAUUAGAAAAAAAUUCAUUACUUUAAACAAAAAUUAUACAAAUUAAGAACAUUGCAUUUCAAUUAAAACAAUUCAUUUCGAUUAGAAAAAGAAGAAACUAUUUUCAAGGUCAGUUGCAUUCUUACUAAGACAAUCACUAAAAACAAAUCACUAUGAAGGGGGAUAUUAAAUAGCGUUCACAAUGUGUUAAUGACGAAUAUUUGCUAUUUAAAAGUAAGGAAACACAUAACUAGUCCGAUUGAAUGGCUCCUUCAACGACUUCGACGUCAAUAAUAAUAAUAACAUAAUAAUAAUUAUGAUAAUGAUCAUUAUCAUGAUCACGAUAUUGAUGAUGAUGAUGAUAACUCAUUAAACGCAGCUUCUGGAUGACUAGCUGAAGUCUCCCUUAAACAUCAAGUCACUGCCCGUGACCUUAGGUGUCUAAGACUUUGCGAAGUAUUCUGGCUAUACCCAGUAAUUAGGCACGCUCUCUGCAAUGAUUCUAAAAGACAGUUGACACCAAUCGCUGCUAACCACUUGUCUAUGCCUUUCGAGACAGUUUCUAUUGCAGUUAUUAUUGCACCAAUUAUGACUGGCACCAUAGUUACUCUGCGCAAUUUCCAGAUCCGUUUCAACUCCCGCUUAAGGCCGGUCUUAUUAUUACUUAUUAUUAUUAUUAUUAAUUACUAUUAUUAUUAUUUAUGACCGGAAUAGUAGGCCAUUAGCUAGUCAAUGCUACAAAUUAGAUCAAUACAUAAUGCGUGAGGGCACUAAGAAAUUGUUUGUUUUCCAUGCAGACGAAAUCCGUAGCGAAGACGUAGGUACCUCCACGACCUCAGCAGCGAACUCAGGUUAGGUGAAUUCCAAAGAGUCGAAAUGGUGCCAUUAUGGUACCCAUUGUAGGUCACAAGCAAAUAAACAUGCAUGCUUGAAAUUGUUUUAAAGUUUCUGGCUAUGAUUAUUCUUUUUUGUUUGAUUGUUGUUGUUGUUUAAAGUGCUGCCUACACCUACAGUGAACAGGAAUUUAACAUCAGGUAAGAAUAGCAACGAGUAGGGCACUUCCUUAUAGCUUAACAAGCAGGCAAUGGUUUUCUUUUAACACAAACACCCUUCGCUUUCUUCUUAUAGCGGCCCCGAGGUUUACUGUGUCAAAACGCAAGCUACAAAAAACACUGAUAGCCCUACCGGUCGGCAACUCAGUAAAACUUGACUGUUCCGCUAAAGGAUAUCCUCACCCUACGAUAGCAUGGUACAAGAACGGAAAACCCUUUGACGAGAGAAGAGGUCGUUUGCUAUACAUGGAUGGAAAGUAUGUGUUCCGUUUAAAAGACGUGGUACCGUCAGAUACUGGAAGAUACACCUGUAACGUCAGUAACCAUCUUGGAUGGAUCAACCAUUCAUACUAUGUUGACGUGCGUGGUAAGGAAUUGCUUUGACUCACAUGAACUACAGCCACAACCCCUCUUAUCAAGAGCUUCAUUGCUUGGGGAGGGAGAGGUAGGGGAGGCGAAAGAGGAAAGGGCGGGAGUUGGGAGUUCUAUAAGUGUGGAAAGCAGGAGAAAUAGGGAGGAACUAUGCAGUAAUGCUUUAUAUUUUUUAAUCGAAAAAAACGGCUAAAGGAAGGAAGCCAAAAAGGCGGUUGGAGCCGGGAAUGCAAGGUACGAGAGAAGGGAGCAUUUGACAUGAUUCCCCUGCCCACAGGAGAGGACAGGAGAGUCAUACUCUAGCAGUUAUGGUAGAAGGAGAUGAAAGGAUGGCUAAGUAGCAGGCCGUUUUGGCCGGCUACCGGCCCUUAUUAACAGCCCUGUGUAUGCUAGCGACCUCAACACUAAUAUAUAGAUUUAGCCAGGGAUAAAAGCGAAGCUCUCGAUAAUAUUUAUAUUUUGCUCAAACAAAAUAUAAAAUCGUGUAGUGCUAAGCGGCGAAGGCAACGCUGGAGAAGGGUCAAAAACAACAAUAGGUCUAAUUAGCAAAAAAGCAACUUUGCUCGUGCAGCACGCUUUUUUUGUACAUUUCUUUGCCGUUGUUUUGCACGACUACAACGUUAAACUGCCCGGCAGAAACUUCUUAGUUACACGUUUUAUGGAGAAAAUGUCGUACUUUUUCUCGUUCACUUUUAUAAUAAAGUUCUCACUUACUUACUUACUUACUUACUUACUUACUUACCUACUUACUUACCUACUUACUUACUUAAAAACAAUCUAAAAUUAACACUUCAAAGCUGGAGAAAUUCGAUUUUGUGAAAAAAGUGCUUUUGUCUGCAGAAUGACUUCACUUUUACAUGAUUGUGUAACUCAGAUUCACAAACAUUUACAGUCCAUGGCGAAUUGGAAGAAAAAAAAUGGCCGUUUCAUUUUGGACACUCCUUCAGUCGCGUCUAUUGUGCAUAUGUAUGCAUAAAGUCCUUCAGCUUGUCAUUACUUCAACGAUACUCUCAUAGUAUGACCAUCUUUUUUUCUCUUUCGUACACAUAGAACGAGCCCGUGCCAAGCCAGUUGUCAUUCCGAUGAUAAACGCAACUGCUUUUGUUGGCGAAAGCGCCACGUUGCUAUGCAGGGCAUAUAGUGAUGCUAUGCCUCAUUUCCAGUGGUUACGAUGGUUUCCAAUGCAUUUCAACAGCUCUGGUAACAGCACUGAAGGCAGCAAAUUGCAGUAUGACGUCAUAAAACAGAACCAGCAAGCUCCCAUUAAUUGGCUUAGCACUAGCAAUAGCAGGCACGCUUUCCAUGAAGUCACUUUGACUUUGGAUAACGUUACAAAGAAAAGUGAAGGAAAGUACACUUGCCUUGUGAGAAACUCACUUGGUUAUGCUCUGCGGAACGCUUCCAUAAUAGUUCACGAAAAGAUUGGUAAGUGGUUGCCCAUAAUCGUAAUUAUAAAAAAAAAAAAGCGGUCAAACAAGCGAAACUUAAUCUAUCUAAUCCUUCCCCAGCAGCAAUUCAACGCCCGACGGACCUAGCUCGGUCGAAUGAAUUUAGUAAUGAAUUCUUACUAUAGCUCUUUUAAAGAACGCUCUAACUAUGUGCUAUUUUCUUCUCAGUGUACAUUCAGACGGCCCAGGAGCCUACGAUGGGCUCCUAUACGGCCUGAGUUUCGAGAUACUCUCUUGGCAAAGCAAGGCGUAAAGCAUAAUCAUUUAAUUUUGAAAAUGAGUAUUAAAAUUUACUUGUGAACAGACAGAUAUUUUCAUAGAGAGUAAGACAGAAUUUUCACACUCAUCAAUGACACCCUUUUACCAUGGUUACGAGAUAGCCGUUAUUGGUGACAUGAGGUCUAGCCACAGAGCUAUUUUUCAGCAAAAAGUGAAUUUUUCGUACUUUUCUGCACAAAAUUGCAUUGAAAACAGAAGCAAAAUCACUGAGAUUAAGUUAUUUAUCUUACAUCUAGUAAACCAUAUAUAGUCAUAAGUUAGCCUGGGAAAACAGGUUUGCUCGCGAAAUUACGUCGGAGAAACGAGCACAGAAAUUCCACACUUGUGACGUAUCACUACCUAUACAGAUCUGUGUAGUGGAGCUUCUGAUUAGUUGAAGAAAAUUUUCCCCGCGCAUGACCAGUCAAAAGCAACACCCAAUUCUGGCUAAUGAUACGUCAUCAGUAUGGAAUUUCUACAGAUAUUUCUGUCCCUCAGACGGCAUUUCUCAAGUACACAAACGGUGGCGUCGCGAAGUUAGUGGAGUGAUUUCAGUUUAUGGAGAAAAUGUACUACCACUAUUCAUGACUUACAGGUUUUCUAGCAGCUCUUCUUCCGACAAUGUUUGUUUGAAAAAGCUGUAGCCAACGAAGAAAUACUUCUACGUCAGAGUGCAAAUUUAUGAAACCCAACACAAGGGUGGAUUUCCACUGUCGCGAACAUUUCUACGUGCGUAUGCGCGUAAAUAAAAUAGAGGCAAUGUAUGAAAGGUCACUCAACUUUUACAAUUAAGCGCGACCUUUAAUACAUUGCCUCUAUUUUAUUUACGCUGGUAAAAAUUACGCGGCAGUGGAAAUUUACCUUUAUCGUCUAACGUCAUAGUCUUUGGGUAAUGUUGCCCGUUCAGAAGUUAGUGAUUUUUAUUGUUUGAUGAGAGCAAGAGCGCUGUUGGAGGAACAGAUCCAGUUUUCUAGCAAUAACAUGAACCUCUAAAGUUCUGAACCUUAUAAAAAAGGUCCUUUUAAUAGGGAAGUUCCAUUGUAAUCUACCCAACUCUCGUUAGUCUACACCAAAUUAAUUAGUUGAGGAUCUUUUUCAAUAUCCCAACAUCUCUCUCUUCUUUUAUAUCGUUAUAGUUUAUAAUGAUGAUAAUAAUAAUAACAAUAAUUCAAUAAUAAUAAUAAUAAUAAUUCUAUUGAUAACAAUGCUAACUAUUAAAAUCUUAUUUACAGUUCAUUCACUUAAAAAAAACUGUUUCGUCGAAGGACUAUUUACAGUCAAUCCUUUCGUCAAAAAAACACUUAGUUUUGAUUAGAAAAAAAUUCAUUACUUUAAACAAAAAUUAUACAAAUUAAGAACAUUGCAUUUCAAUUAAAACAAUUCAUUUCGAUUAGAAAAAGAAGAAACUAUUUUCAAGGUCAGUUGCAUUCUUACUGAGACAAUCACUAAAAACAAAUCACUAAAAAAGGGGGGAUAUUAAAUAGCGUUCACAGUGUGUUAAUGACGAAUAUUUGCCAUUUAAAAGUAAGGAAACACAUAACUAGUCCGAUUGAAUGGCUCCUUCAACGACUUCGACGUCAAUAAUAAUAAUAAUAAUAAUAUAAUAUAAUAAUGAUAAUGAUAAUGAUCAUUAUCAUGAUCACGAUAUUGAUGAUGAUGAUGAUAACUCAUUAAACGCAGCUUCUGGAUGUCUAGCUGAAGUCUCCCUUAAACAUCAAGUCACUGCCCGUGACCUUAGGUGUCUAAGACUUUGCGAAGUAUUCUGGCUAUACCCAGUAAUUAGGCACGCUCUCUGCAAUGAUUCUAAAAGACAGGUGACACCAAUCGCUGCUAACCACUUGUCUAUGCCUUUCGAGACAGUUUCUAUUGCAGUUAUUAUUGCACCAAUUAUGACUGGCACCAUAGUUACUCUGCGCAAUUUCCAGAUCCGUUUCAACUCCCGCUUAAGGCCGGUCUUAUUAUUACUUAUUAUUAUUAUUAAUUACUAUUAUUAUUAUUAUUAUUUAUGACCGAAAUAGUAGGCCAUUAGCUAGUCAAUGCUACAAAUUAGAUCAAUACAUAAUGCGUGAGAGCACUAAGAAAUUGUUUGUUUUCCAUGCAGACGAAAUCCGUAGCGAAGACGGAAGUACCUCCACGACCUCAGCAGCGAACUCAGGUUAGGUGAAUUCCAAAGAGUCGAAAUGGUGCCAUUAUGGUACCCAUUGUAGGUCACAAGCAAAUAAACAUGCAUGCUUGAAAUUGUUUUAAAGUUUCUGGCUAUGAUUAUUCUUUUUUGUUUGAUUGUUGUUGUUGUUUAAAGUGCUGCCUACACCUACAGUGAACAGGAAUUUAACAUCAGGUAAGAAUAGCAACGAGUAGGGCACUUCCUUAUAGCUUAACAAGCAGGCAAUGGUUUUCUUUUAACACAAACACCCUUCGCUUUCUUCUUAUAGCGGCCCCGAGGUUUACUGUGUCAAAACGCAAGCUACAAAAAACACUGAUAGCCCUACCGGUCGGCAACUCAGUAAAACUUGACUGUUCCGCUAAAGGAUAUCCUCACCCCACGAUAGCAUGGUACAAGAACGGAAAACCCUUUGACGAGAGAAGAGGUCGUUUGCUAUACUUGGAUGGAAAGUAUGUGUUCCGUUUAAAAGACGUGGUACCGUCAGAUACUGGAACAUACACCUGUAACGUCAGUAACCAUCUUGGAUGGAUCAACCAUUCAUACUAUGUUGACGUGCGUGGUAAGGAAUUGCUUUGACUCACAUGAAUUACAGCCACAACCCCUCUUAUCAAGAGCUUUAUUGCUUGGGGAGGGAGAGGUAGGGGAGGCGAGAGAGGAAAGGGCGGGAGUUGGGAGUUCUAUAAGUGUGGAAAGCAGGAGAAAUAGGGAGGAACUAUGCGGUAAUGCUUUAUAUUUUUGAAUCGAAAAAAAAGGCUAAAGGGAGGAAGCCAAAAAGGCGGUUGGAGCCGAGAAUGCAAGGUACGAGAGAAGGGAGCAUUUGACAUGACUCCCCUGCCCACAGGAGAGGACAGGAGAGUCAUACUCUAGCAGUUAUGGUAGAAGGAGAUGAAAGGAUGGCUAAGUAGCAGGCCGUUUUGGCCGGCUACCGGCCCUUAUUAACAGCCCUGUGUAUGCUAGCGACCUCGAAACUAAUAUAUAGAUUUAGCCAGGGAUAAAAGCGAAGCUCUCGAUAAUAUUUAUAUUUUGCUCAAACAAAAUAUAAAAUCGUGUAGUGCUAAGCGGCGAAGGCAACGCCGGAGAAGGGUCAAAAACAACAAUAGGUCUAAUUAGCAAAAAAGCAACUUUGCUCGUGCAGCACGCUUUUUUUGUACAUUUCUUUGCCGUUGUUUUGCACGACUACAACGUUAAACUGCCCGGCAGAAACUUCUUAGUUACACGUUUUAUGGAGAAAAUGUCGUACUUUUUCUCGUUCACUUUUAUAAUAAAGUUCUUACUUACUUACUUACUUACUUACUUAAAAACAAUCUAAAAUUAACACUUCAAAGCUGAAGAAAGUCGAUUUUGUGAAAAAAGUGCUUUUGUCUGCAAAAUGACUUCACUUUUACAUGAUUGUGUAACUCAGAUUCACAAACAUUUACAGUCCAUGGCGAAUUGGAAGAAAAAAAAUGGCCGUUUCAUUUUGGACACUCCUUCAGUCGAGUCUAUUGUGCAUAUAUAUGCAUAAAGUCCUUCAGCUUGUCAUUACUUCAACGAUACUCUCAUAGUAUGACCAUCUUUUUUUCUCUUUCGUACACAUAGAACGAGCCCGUGCCAAGCCAGUUGUCAUUCCGAUGAUAAACGCAACUGCUUUUGUUGGCGAAAGCGCCACGUUGCUAUGCAGGGCAUAUAGUGAUGCUAUGCCUCAUUUCCAGUGGUUACGAUGGUUUCCAAUGCAUUUCAACAGCUCUGGUAACAGCACUGAAGGCAGCAAAUUGCAGUAUGAAGUCAUAAAACAGAACCAGCAAGCUCCCAUUAAUUGGCUUAGCACUAGCAAUAGCAGGCACGCUUUCCAUGAAGUCACUUUGACUUUGGAUAACGUUACAAAGAAAAGUGAAGGAAAGUACACUUGCCUUGUGAGAAACUCAUUUGGUUAUGCUCUGCGGAACGCUUACAUAAUAGUUCACGAAAAGAUUGGUAAGUGGUUGCCCAUAAUCGUAAUUAUAAAAAAAAAGCGGUCAAACAAGCGAAACUUAAUCUAUCUAAUCCUUCCCCAGCAGCAAUUCAACGCCCGACGGACCUAGCUCGGUCGAAUGAAUUUAGUAAUGAAUUCUUACUAUAGCUCUUUUAAAGAACGCUCUAACUAUGUGCUAUUUUCUUCUCAGUGUACAUUCAGACGGCCCAGGAGCCUACGAUGGGCUCCUAUACGGCCUGAGUUUCGAGAUACUCUCUUGGCAAAGCAAGGCGUAAAGCAUAAUCAUUUAAUUUUGAAAAUGAGUAUUAAAAUUUACUUGUGAACAGACAGAUAUUUUCAUAGAGAGUAAGACAGAAUUUUCACGCUCAUCAAUGACACCCUUUUACCAUGGUUACGAGAUAGCCGUUAUUGGUGACAUGAGGUCUAGCCACAGAGCUAUUUUUCAGCAAAAAGUGAAUUUUUCGUACUUUUCUGCACAACAAUUGCAUUGAAAACAGAAGCAAAAUCACUGAGAUUAAGUUAUUUAUCUUACAUCUAGUAAACCAUAUAUAGUCAUCAGUUAGCCUGGGAAAACAGGUUUGCUCGCGAAAUUACGUCGGAGAAACGAGCACAGAAAUUCCACACUUGUGACGUAUCACUACCUAUACAGAUCUGUGUAGUGGAGCUUCUGAUUAGUUGAAGAAAAUUUUCCCCGCGCAUGACCAGUCAAAAGCAACACCCAAUUCUGGCUAAUGAUACGUCAUCAGUAUGGAAUUUCUACAGAUAUUUCUGUCCCUCAGACGGCAUUUCUCAAGUACACAAACGGUGGCGUCGCGAAGUUAGUGGAGUGAUUUCAGUUUAUGGAGAAAAUGUACUACCACUAUUCAUGACUUACAGGUUUUCUAGCAGCUCUUCUUCCGACAAUGUUUGUUUGAAAAAGCUGUAGCCAACGAAGAAAUACUUCUACGUCAGAGUGCAAAUUUAUGAAACCCAACACAAGGGUGGAUUUCCACUGUCGCGAACAUUUCUACGUGCGUAUGCGCGUAAAUAAAAUAGAGGCAAUGUAUGAAAGGUCACUCAACUUUUACAUUUAAGCGCGACCUUUAAUACAUUGCCUCUAUUUUAUUUACGCUGGUAAAAAUUACGCGGCAGUGGAAAUUUACCUUUCUCGUCUAACGUCAUAGUCUUCGGCUAAUGUUGCCCGUUCAGACGUUAGUGAUUUUUAUUGUUAGAUGAGAGCAAGAGCGCUGUUGGAGGAACAGAUCCAGUUUUCUAGCAAUAACAUGAACCUCUAAGGUUCUGAACCUAGAAGGUCCUCUUAAUAGGGAAGUUCCAUUGUAAUCUACCCAACUCUCGUUAGUCUACACCAAAUUAAUUAGUUGAAGAUCUUUUUUAAUAUCCCAACAUCUCUCUCUUCUUUUAUAUCGGUAUAGUUUAUAAUGAUGAUAAUAAUGAUAAUAAUAAUUUAAUUAAUAAUAAUAAUAAUUCUAUUGAUAACAAUGCUAACUAUUAAAAUCUUAUUUACAAUUAAUUCACUUAAAAAAACUAUUUUGUCAAAAGACUAUUUACAAUUCCUUUCGUUAAAAAAAUGCUUAGUUUUGAUUAGAAAAAACUUGAUUACAUUAUUAAAACAAAAAUUAUUCAAAUUAAGACAAUCACUGACAAAAAAUCACUAAAAAAGGGGAAAUUAAAUAGCGUUCACAAUGUGUUAAUGACGAAUAUUUGCCAUUUAAAAGUUAGAAAACACAUCACUAGUCCGAUUAAAUGGCUCCUUCAACAACUUCGACGUCAAUAAUAAUAAUAAUAAUAAUAAUAAUAAUAAUGAUAAUGAUAAUAAUGAUAAUGAUGAUGAUGAGGAUGAUGAUGAUGAUGAUAUUGAUGAUGAUGAUGAUGAUAUUGAUGAUGCUGAUGAUAACUUAUUAAACACAGCUUCUGAAUGGCUUGCUGGAGUCUCCCUUAAACAUUAAGUCAUUGCCCGUGAUCUUAGGUGUCUAGGACUUUGCGAAGGAUUCUGGCUGUACCCAGUAAUUAAGCACGCUCUCUGCAAUGAUUCUGAAAGACAGGUGACAGCAAUCUCUGCUAAACACUUGUCUAUGCCUUUCGAGACAGUUUCUAUUGCAGUUAUUAUUGGGCCAAUUAUGACUAGCACCAUAGUUACUCUGCGCAAUUUCAAGAUCCGUUUCAACUCCCGCUUAGUUAAGGCCGGUCUUAUUAUUAUUAUGUCGCAGGAUGAAACUUUGGAAUGCUGUCCACAUUAUGAGUCGUAUAGGGCGCAUAGCGUAACUUACACCACUUGAGAAGCUAUACUUAGAAGUAAAAAAAGGUCGAUACGAAACCUAAUACGAUCCUAAAAUACACAGUGAUAUGAAUCUCUCUACUUAAAGGCCAAUUUAGAAUAUUAAAUAUUAAAUUCUGAUACUCUGUAAAACCUUCGCUAUCUCUACUAAAAGAUUACUUAUAAUAAUAUCAAACUCUAAUGUUCUAAAAAAUCUAAGUAAAAACGUCAGCAAGCUUGUGUUUCUAGAUUUCUAGAGAAAAAACAAAAACCUAAAAACUGAAGUCCUUAGCGCCCUAACUAAGUAUUUAUCUAAAAUGUUCUGGCAAUGUUUAAAGUGUUUGAGAUGACCGACUUCUACAUCCGCUCAAGUACGCUCCGUGCUCUCGCUCCAAGUAGCUUCCUCACCGACUUCUCUAGGUGUUUAGAGUAACCCCACAGUACGUCAAUUAUUACGUUGUACUGUUCAACCCUGUAACCAUUGUAUCUCUGCUUCAGCUCCCACAUUAUGGGUACAUACUUGAGUGUAUUUUCCUCAUCUUUCUUAGUUCUACUCUCAAUCCAGGGGCAAAUCCAGGGCUGGUUUUGGCAUCACCGGUGAGUAACACGGUGGAACCUCUUCUGUUAACCCAUGCCCUCGUAGGAGCUCAUAAAACAGAAUCUUCAAAGCUGCAUUAUGCCUGUAUAGGUACUUGGUUUGUGCCGGGGAGGAACAUCCAGCCAAUACAUGUGCAACGCUCUCAGCUACCUUCACACAUAACCUGCAUAGAACUUCGCCGUCGGUGGAGGUUUGCGUCUUCUCCUUUGUGUAGAGCUUCGUAGGUAACAACUGCUCAUACAAUUCAUACAUGCCCGCGAUGGUAUAUGUGGGGCAUGUAGCCCAACUUUUUAACCAUGCAAAGCAGCUGGUUAUGCUUAGGCUCUCAUCUUCCCAUCUGAUACGGAAUAACUUUCCUUGCCACUUUUUGUCUUUAGCGAUCUCCAAGAACGGCUUCUCUUGAGAUUGCUUCAACAGAUUCCCAGCUCUUGCCGCAGCUACCACCUUUCCUUCUGUUGUAACACACACGGGAUUUAGGGUAUCAAGAUGAAGUGUGAUGUUGAGUUCUUCGGCGUACUUAGCUGCUUCCUUUACGAGCGACUGGUGGCCUGAUGCCAUGGCGUGUUCUUCAAAUUCUUUAACUGCUUCCACAGUCUGGUCCGGGUUCUGAUACAAUUUCAGUAGCGAUUUGAUUUUAGUGAUCUUGUACUCGUGUUCGACUGAUCGCACGCCUCUACCCCCUUUCUCCCUCGGUAGAUAUAACAAAGAAGUCAGGCUAGCUGGGUGCUUGCCACCGUUCUCAAUUAUUGUUUUCCGAGCUUCUCUGUCCACAUCUCUUAACUCUGAUAGAGGCCAAUACUGUGUCCACAUUAAGUACCGCGGGACCGGGAGUGCAUACUGAUUAGUUGCCUGCACACGGUUACAAUCAGAGAGGGGGCUGGACCAUUUAAUAGAUAUCCUGCGUAGAUACUCUUUAGCCGCACAAGCUAGGGCCAGCCGUUCAUCCUGUCGAACGUUCUCUAGCACGCCCAGGAAUUUGUAGUGUUUUCCUUCCCGAAGAGCCGUGAUGGUAGUUGUCUCGUCCAUCCUCAUACCAGACUCGUCUAGCACUUGGGCUCCCCUCUUCACGUGUACCACUGAGCACUUUUUCUGAUUCCAGUGGAGGCCGAUGUCCUGCAUCGCUCCUCUAGUCUCUUUCAGCACUCGGUUCAGCUUGCUCGCGGAGGCAGCAAAAACCUUGAGGUCGUCGAUAUACAGGAGAUCGGAGACUUUGACUCCUAUAGGCUUGGAUAACCGGUAUCCCUCUGUUAUUAUUAUUAUUAUUAUUAUUAUUAUUAUUAUUAUUCAUUACUAUUAUUAUUAUUUAUGACCGGAUAAGCUAGGCCAUUAGCUAGUCAAUGCUACAAAUUAGAUCAAUACAUAAUGCGUGAGGGCACUAAGACAUUGUUUGUUUUCCAUGCAGACGAAAUCCGUAGCGAAGACGGAAGUACCUCCACGACCUCAGCAACAAUUCCGUCUCUAAAUGGUAAGAAUAGGUUAAAUCCAAUGAGAUAUUUAGUAACACUGUGAGUGAAUUUUUGUCUAUUUGCAAUGUCAUCACAACUUCUGGGGCACCGAGAAAGCGUUAUGCCAGCGCUAGUUCGUAAUAUACCCGAUGGGAAUUGGGAUGGAAAUUGCCGUCAGAUUCAAAUUAAAGUAAGCAAAAACUGUAAGCAGUUACUCAGAAAUUUUUGCAUUUGCCAAAGAAUUAUUACUUGUGCAGUCAAACAUUGUCACAGUAAUGAUUCAGUAGUGCUGUUUGCGUAGUUCAUUCUUCACUCUAGGCUUUAAUUUCCUCGGUCCAUAUAGACAAAGUACUUGUAGAGCUGAGGUUUAGAAAGAUCUACGUCCUCAAGGCGAUCGCAAGUUUCAGUAAAAUCUUUCUGCAAAUUAUGGACGUAAAUUCCCUUCCAACUAUAAGCUAGCCCAAUCGAUUUUGAGGCGCAAAUUUCCCUCGCAGUAUAAGCCUAGCCGAUUUUGAAACACAAAUUUCCCUCCGUAUGGAAGGCCCUCCGAAUAUAAGACCCUCCAAAAAAUAAGCCUCUCAAAAGGGCCUUUGAAAAAUAUAUGUCCCGGGGCUUAUUUUACGGAAUUUUACGGUAUGUCAAACUCAAUUGAUUCAAACGUCGAUUGGGGAUUAGGUUCGGUACAUGAAAAGAUCGAAGUUUGAACUGGGCUUAACGAACUCGGCACAAUUGCCUGCUCCCCUGUUGGCUUGAUUAGUUCAAUGGAUAGAGCGUUGCGUCCGGUCAUCGGAAAGCAGUGGCAGAUCCAGAGGAGGGGGGGGGGGGCGCCCCUUAUUUUUAGACCAAACUGAGCCCCCCCUCCUUAUCUCAAGGUAUGGAUCCGGCACUGCAAAGACCAGGGUUCAUUUCCCGGUCAGGCCUGACUUUUUCAACCACUUACUAUAGGUUGUUUAUUUAAUUUAACUGUGAGGAUCAUUUCAUUUUCAUAUCUUUAUCGGCAGUUCAAAAUCAGGUAUGAGUCAUUUCAUAUAUUUCCAUUAAAAAAAAAAAAAAAGAAAUUGGGUUAGGUGAAUUUACAAUAGUCGAAGUGGUGCUAUUAUGGUACCUAUUGUAGGUCACAGGCAAAUAAACAUGCAUGCAUAACCACCGUUGAGAUGAAAAAGUAUCGAAGUCGUUCUUAGUUCUAUUUUCUGUCUUGAACAGAUUCGAGCGAAGCUGGUGGUCAGAAAAGAGAGAGGCCUGCAGAAAAGAAAAGUUGGAUUAAUAGUUUAAGAUACCCCUGGCUCUUGAUUGGACUUUUGGCAACUGUGAUUAUCACUGUUAUCACCUUUCCUGCUUGGUUUUGCUGGAAGCUUAAGAAAACUCGGGCCUCAUCGCCACCUGCUAUUGCUUCGCUUAGACCACGAUACGACGCCCGGAAUGAGUACGUCGUUGUUCCAGAUUUCAAAUGAAAUCAAUUAAUUAUGAAGAUUCAUAUGUGUUCAUCUGGACAACGAUUUUUGAGACAUUGUGCCUCCCGCAAUAUAUUAGUCGAAAGUUGGAACACAUGGAGUAGCCGUACGUACUUUCGUUAGAAGAUUCUAGGACACGCCUUUAAUUUGCCGUAAUAUCUAAAUCGUAAGGAGGUCUUUGAAAACACAACGUCCCAAAAUCUUUUUGGGCAAUACUUGCUGCUUCGAACAGUUAUUUUUACAAAAAUGUUUGUUGCGCCCCUGAUAUUAGUUGGGUAAACGCAAUUUUAACGAUGCUCAUCUGUAGUUACUGCACCUCUUUUUUCAUCGGCUACUGGCCUCACUAAACACUGUAAAUUAAAAAUUAAAUACAGAGCCAUUUUUGGAGUUGGCUCCCUUAAUAAGGGCCAAUGCAGUCGAAUUACUUAAGAUUGAUUUUAGGCCCACGAGGUGAAAUGAGCCCUAGCAUCGACCGGAAUUGACAUUUGAUGGGGCUUUUUUGGUGAACUGUGCUCAAAUUCAAAUGGCUCCAGAAGAGACUAAAUAGACUGGAGCGUGCAGGGUUAUUAAACUGGCUUUCAGUUUUGACGACUGUACCACAGGGUACCCAGACUCACAACAGCCCACUAGACAGAAGCCAAAAGAUAAGUCCAUUUGUAUGGGAAUUUAUCGUAAAAUUGAUAAAAAGGUUAAA